GAAAAAAAACUCCAUUCCAGUAAGCCUCAGUACAGUUUCCAGCAUAAUCGUUCCAGUAAUGCCACAGGACAUCAAACGGGAACGAAAAAGUACACAGUCAACGAUGCAUUCGAAAAGAAGUCACUGGAAUGAAGCUCCCCUCUCGCCGUGCCCCAUUCCGGACAUCAGUGACGAUGAGCUGGUGUCGAUCUCCGUCCGGGACCUGAACCGCACGCUCAAACUGCGUGGAUUAACUCGGGAUGAGAUCGUCCGUAUGAAGCAGCGCAGAAGGACGCUGAAGAACCGCGGCUAUGCUGCCAGCUGCCGUAUCAAGCGGAUCGAACAGAAGGACGAACUUGAGACGGAAAAAUCGCAGGAAUGGCGCGAUAUGGAGAAGAUGCACGAACACACCAACAGGAUGCGGGACGAGGUCGAUGCUCUGCGCAACAAGUACGAGGCGUUGCGGAAGUUUGCCAUUGACGAGAAGAUUCCACUGCCGCCGGAGUUGGAUAUUUUAGGAUAGAUAGAAUGUGGAUUCCAUUAGUAGGUAGCUGUCGAGUGGCGGGUGGUUUCGUAGUUUUACGUUACAUUUAAGUUCAUGUUGUUAUAUUUACCUGAUCAUCUAGAUUAAUUUUUUUAACUUA